GCGGUUAAGAAAAAAAAAAAUAUAUAUAUAUUUCAAAUGAAAUGAAUGUACAUAUGAACAGUUUUUUUAAAAAGUGAAAGAAACGGAUUUGAAUUCAUUUUAUAAACGCAAAGUUCACCCUUUAAGCACAAUUUUAAAUUUAAUAAAAUAUGCUCAUUUUGAAACAAUUUAUGUUUUUAUUUAUGCAUACAUAAAUAAAAAAACAGUGCUAUACAUGUAUGUAAAAGAAAAACAGUACGAUAUGUACUUUUUCCUGCGUAACGCCUUUUUUUGAGCACAUAUAUUGUGUAGCAUAUUCCAUUUCGAGAAAAACUUUCACCAAGUUUCUCACGCCUCCCCCAUAUUUUAUUUUCAACAAGCAUUUUCCAAACAUGCCACUCUUUCCAAUCGUUUUGUGGGCCCAGAAAAAGGAAUGCCUGUACCUGACCAUAGAGCUCCAAGAUGCGGAGGACACCAAAAUUGACUUGAAAGAAGACAAGUUAUAUUUUUACGGAAAAAAAGACAAAAAUGAAUACGAGUUCACCCUCAACUUUUUAAAACCAAUAAAUGUAGAAGAGUCCAAGUACAGCACCAAGAGAAAUAUAAAGUUUAAAAUUAUAAAAAAAGAAAAGGAAAGAUGGAAGACCAUAAAUAAUGAUGGUAAGAAGCAUUGGGUGAAAUGUGACUGGAAUUCUUGGGUUGAUACUGAUGAAGAAAAUAAAACAACAGAAUAUGACGACCUGGCAAUGAAUAGUUUUGGAGGCAUGGGUGGAAUGCCAGAUAUGAGUCAAUUUGGAGGCAUGCCAGGAAUGGGAGGUCUUGGAGGUAUGCCCGGAAUGGGUGGAAUGCCAGGCAUGGGCGAUAUGGAUUUUAGUAAGCUAGGAAAUAUGGGGGAUGAUAUGCCCAACUUUUCAGGAUUAGGAGGAAUGGAUCAGUUUAAGAAUAUGCCAAAUAUGAAUGGCAUGAACGACGAUGACUCCAGUUCCUAUGGCGAUGAUACAAGUGACGAUGACAAUGAUGAUGAUGACGACGAUGAUGAGGAGGACGAUGUUGAUGGAAAAAAUGAUGCAGAUAAAAUUCACGACUGUAAGGAUGCCAAGUGCAAGAUGGAGAAGGAUGGCAUACAUGACGAAGAAGCCAAAAUUCAGGACCCAAUUGUGGAGGUGCAAGAACCCGUAGCAUAA